GAUUGUUCCCUCCGUAAACAGAGACGGCGAGAUGACAGAGGAGAGAGGGGCAGUGGAGCUGGAUCGUGCAUCGCGAGCGACGAGGGGCAAAAGGCUAACGAAACUCCUCGACGAAGAACUCCAAGAGGACGAUUUGUUCUGGAGCCAAGAUGCUCUCAAAGACGAAGAGAACGAUGAUAACUAUCAAGAGGAGCCUGAGAUCGCCGAUGAUUUCGACUCCGACUUCGAUGAAGAUGAGCCUCAACCUGACGAAGAACCUCAAAACGACGACGCCGAUGAAAGGAUACCUAAAAAGAAGCGCCUAAUAUUUCCUGGGAAGACGCUAGCCAAGAAGAAGAAAAAGAAGAAGGUCUUAUCUAAAUUGGAAAAUUCUCCCAAUGAUGAUGAUGAUAAACCCGUUGCUGAGGAACACCAUCACGAUGAUGCUGGCGAGAGAAUGGUCAGGAAGUCCACAAGGACUUCCGUUAUUGUUCGCCAAGCCGAGAGAGAUGCCAUGCGUGCAGCACUCCAAGCAACCAUCAAGCCAGUCAAAAGGAAAAAAGAAGGUGAGGAGAAGAAAAUGACCCAGGAGGAGAUGCUUUUAGAAGCUGCUCAAACAGAAAUUAUGAACUUGCGAAAUUUGGAGCGUGUUUUAGCUAGAGAGGAAGAAGUUAAGAGAAGAGCUAUUGUGCAUAAAACUGUCUAUAAUGGUCCACAAAUACGAUACAUUUCACAAAAUGGUUGUUCGUAUUUAGAGUUCACUAAAGGGUCAUCAUUUCACUCAAAAAUUGCCACAACGUCUGUACAAUAUCCAGAACAACCUGUUUGCACGAUUACUGGUUUGCCUGCCAAGUACCGGGAUCCAAAGACUGGGCUGCCAUAUGCUACAAAAGAAGCCUUUAAAAUAAUUCGACAACGCUUUCUGAAUGAAAGUGCUAACACUAGAAAGGAAAUGAGCAUGGGAGGCUUAUAUGAUUCAGUUUCUGGAUGUGGUUUUUCGAUUAAACGGAAGAGAUCGAUAUUGCCAGAAAAAAAUUUACAUCCUGAUGCUCGGUCCUUUGCUCGCUUUCGUAGAAUUCCGGCUUCUGAGGAUGAAUUUUCUGACUAGCUGCCUUGUGCCUAAUCAUAAAAGGCAAGUCAUGGUUGUGCUACUUUCAUGAUCUGGACCUCACGUUGGGAUAAAUAUUAGAAACUGAGUAUUUGAGGGCUGUUCCAGGCUUCCAGUGCUUGGAAACAAUGUACAUGAAGUGAAAAUGUUUGGUCUCCUUUCUUGGAGCUUGGUAAAAAAAAAUGAUCUUGGCCUUUUCUUUUUUCUUUUUUAAAAGAAACUCAACUGCACUUAAGAAAGAUACAUGAUAUGUCAAAAGUUUCUUUUACAAUUUGUCAUUAAUGUAACAAUAUUAAGAUGUAAUAUGAUUUAUUUAUACCAUUAUCCUAUUAUA